UACUUCGGAGAAGGUGGAGGAGCGGUGUUCCCUCGGAGCAUGAUGGUGUAACAACUUGCCUGAGAACCUGUACCUGAGAGGGCCUCCUUGCUACCGAUUAGGAUGUUUCUCAUGAACACCCCCCCUUUGGUAGCCCUCCAGAGGACAUGGGAGCCCUUUGUCCCAUCGAGGAACUGCAGGUACCCCAUCUGCUUCUCAGAAUCUGAAGAUGACAUUGCUAGGACAGCUGUCAGUGCCCAAGUCCAGAUGAUCAUUAACAACCUCCAGAGUGAAGAGGCAUCCUUGGAUGCCAGUUGCAGUGAAUAUGGCUGCCUUACGCAGAAAAAGCAGAAGGGAACCAAGGUCAGGAGCCCCAAGCUCAGGGCCAGCAGCAGGACGCUGCAGAAACACAUUGAAUACACCCAGAGUCACUGCCCUGCUGACUCUGAUGGCAUGGAGGUGGAAGAGAGCUCAGAAUUUGGCCCUCUCUCACUGAAUUCUGAUAGUGAUGAUUCCGUUGACCGAGACAUAGAAGAGGCCAUCCAAGAGUAUCUGAAAAACAAAGGCCAGUGCAUUUUGCCACUGCCAAGCGAGGCCAAGAGUUUGCACAGUGUAGACAAUGCAGCUUGUAAUGUGUUCCCUACAAAUGUGAAGUUGAAUGAGGUUCAGUGCCCCUGUUCCCCCAAUUACUUUGAGGGAGACACCGCUCUCUCCCCGUGCAGUGUGAGCAGCAACGAUUCUUUUGAACAGAGCAUCAAAGCUGAGAUAGAGCAGUUCUUAAAUGAGAAGAAACAGCAGUCAAGGAAAAAGGAUAUAACACUGGGGAGUAGGAAACUUCACCAGAAAGAGGCCCAAGAGAAGUUGGCAGUUAGGAACCGGAAAGAAAGUCGGCAAAGGUAUCUGAAGCAAGAGCGGGGCAAGGCACUCUUCUUAAGGCACCACCUGGAACUCAGAGGCGCCAAUGCUUCUAAACAGGAGUCAAAAACCAAUGGAGAGGAACUUGGUGACUUCAGUACAACAGGCCAAGCACCCUUGAAAACACCUUUGGUUGGUCAUUCUUGCAUCCUGGAGCAAAGCAGAACAGGCAAGAAAAGGCAGGCACUUUGGAAAGCCAGGGAAGAGCAAACCCUUCAAAGCAUAGACAUCUCUGAUUCAAGUAGUGACGAUGGCAUUGAAGAAGCUAUCCAGCUUUACCAGCUGGAGAAAACCAGGAAGGCAGCAGACUCCAAAGUAGGCCACACUCCUUUUCCGAAAGAAGAGUUUGGGGCCAUCAGGAUAAAAGAUAUAUCUGCCAGGCUGAUGAUCCGUUCAGUAAAAGGUGCCUUGCCAGAGAUCCCCAGGAAAGCUUUGAGCAGGAAGGGGAGGCAAAGCUGCUCUAAAGCAGCAGAAUUUAAUAAGUUGGAUGCCAUUUGCAGCAAGACAGAAGAGAAAGGCAAUGUUGGCCCUACUCUGAAAGACAGCUUUGCCAAGUGUGCACUCACCUUCCAGGCCUCUUGUAGGACAGACACUGCUGCCGAGCUGAUGUGUGCAGAAGCCAUCCUGGACAUCUCCAAGACUAUUUUACCUCUCCCUACAGGAAGCAGCAACAGCAGCAGGUCAUUCGCAACAAGUGAUCCUUCAUUCUGCUCCCAGAGUGUGCCACCCUUCCAUAUUGAAAGUGACAGCUACAGCGUGAACAGCAAUGACAGCAUUGAGCAAGAGAUAAGAACUUUUUUGGCGGUCAAAGCACAAGCAGGAGGCCUGGUAGCAAAAAAUGAAGGGGUCUCACAUAUUGCCCAAAUUCCUCCCUUCUCUGGGCAACCAUUAAAACUGUCACCAAGUCAAAAAAUGAAACCCAAGGCAGGAAGCAAGCAAGGCCAAAGCACACAACUGAUGCUGUCAAAUACACCCCAAGGGGAAGGUGGUCUGAGCAUACUGAAAAACAGUAAGGUUGGAGGGGCAGUGGCUAGCUGCCAACAAGAUGCUGUAACCAUUGCCAGUUUAAUAGAUUUUGGAAACCCUUUGUCACAAGGACAGCUUGGUGCUAGAGAACUUUUUAAAAGCAUGGCAUGGGGUCAACAGAAGUACAUCAUAGAGGAUAAGAGCAGUUCUUUGGAUAGUGAUGAGGACUUGGACACAGCUAUCAAGGACCUCUUGAGGUCUAAGCGAAAGUUAAAGAAGAAACCCAAAGACCAAAGAAUCCCAUGCAAGAAGAGAGUCCGGUUUAGCGAGACAGAGAUGCAGAUUCUGAAGGAUAAAGAAACAGACUGCAAACCCAAAGCUCCCACCUUGCUGAAGAGUUGCCUCAUGAGCCCCGGAAUAAACUUUGGGGAAGAGGAUGCAAAGAAAGGGCCCCGAAGCAUCAUGAAGUCCCAAAGUGCAAAAGCCACACAGUGUGUGUUGGAAUUUAAAAAGGAAUGCCACACUAAGUCAGUGGCAGGGCCCAAAACUCGGGAUGGAGCAAAAAGCAAUCAGUGUCUUUGGGCUGCCACAUCCCUGACAGACAACAGCAGCUCCAUGGAUAGUGAUGACAGCAUCGAGCAAGAAAUCCAGAGGUUCUUGGCAGAAAAGGCUAAAGAUUCCACAGAAGUACCCAGAACUGAUGGGAUUGUUGAGACCUUGCAAAUUGAUAAACCCCAAACAGCCAUAUCUAAAGCCAAGCACCAGCUGUUCAGAGACAGAGGCAAUGCCUUGCUGGAAUGGAGUAAAAAAGCAAAGAAGGCAGGUCCACUUAUGGUUGUGUUGAGAAGUUCUCUGAAGGCUAAAGAAGACAUGCACGUGGUCUCGUCUGAGUGGGAUCUGUGCAGUCAAGGUACUGUGCAGACAAAAAGAUCAGGUUUACCUGCAAAACAGGCAGUGGUUCAAAGAAAGGUUGGCUAUGAUAGCAAGCUUGACCAAAAAAACAUUCCACCUGGGAAGGGCAAAUCUGAGAACUUUAAAUCACAAAAUUACUUUAAACCAUUGUCUUCUUUCAAAAGGAAAAGCCCAUAUGAGUUCAAAGUUUCCAGCAAGUUUAUAGCAGGCCUCAGAAGCACUCAGAAUAAAAAAAAACCUGUGUUUGUAGGGAAAGGGCAGGGUAGGGAAGAUCUGUCAUUCAAGAGGCAGGGAGGUGUCCCAGUAUCAGAUUUGCUUAGUAAGAGGCAAGUAGUGAGACUGCAGAGAGCGAGGGUUCUAAGAUCCAGGUGUCAGGCAGGAUUUAAAGAGGCAGAUAUAUCUUCAGGAGGGGCUUGUCCCUUUUUGACUGGUUUUCCUUUGCACGUACCCAGCACAGCUAAUGACCAAGGGGUCAGAGUUAGCACAGUGUCCCUGUGUGCUGAGUUCCCUGACGGGGUAAAAGAACGGAAAACCCUGGAGCUUCACACCAGUUGA